AUGGGCAAGCACGCGCCGUUCAAGUCGAACCGAGAGGUGGUGGAGUCACUUUACACCUCGCUGGCCCGCGGCGACGCCGCAGCGGUGACGGCACUGUUGGCGGUGGACUUAGACUGGUGGUUCCAUGGUCCGCGGCGGUGCCAGCACAUGCGGCGCCUGCUCACUGGCGAGGCAACGGGUUCCGCGGCAUUCCGGUUCGCGCCGGCGCGGGUGGCGGAGGUGGGCGGCGUCGGCAACGACAGGUGGGUGGUGGCGGAGGGGUGGGGUGGAGAACAUGACUACUGGGUGCACGCAUGGUGCCUCCGCGCCGGAGUCAUCACGAGUUUCCGGGAGUACUUCAACACGUCGGUGACUGUGAGGGAGCUAGGCCGGUGUGCUAAGGAGGACGUGGUCUGGGCCGUGUGGGAGAGCCAAUCGCCCAGGCCCAGGGGCCGCUCCAUGCCAGGCCUGGUGCUCGCCAUUUGA